CUCCUCAGAGUUCCUCCUCUCAGAGCAGUCAUAGCUCCUGCGCCUCCUCAGUGACUUGAAGGUUCCUCAGAGAUGGGCGACAUCAUCUCUCUGUCUGAAGAGCAGCGGCAGCAGGAACUGAACCUGUACGCCAACGCGCUCUUCAGUUCAGCCGAAUGGAAAGGUUUCAACAUCGACCCGUCUCUGCAGAGAUUCUCUGGGAUUAAUGCCAUGGAACAGCUGGAAGCCUACAGAGACUACAUCACGCAUGGAAGCGACCUGAUCUACGGGGCAAACGCGGUGGAGAGGCUGGGGGCCACUCUGGGCGGACUCACCCCCAUCCCUAACGCCUUGGGGCCGCUGGCUAUCUGCAUUUCCAUGUUCUUGGAGAUCAUCGGCAUCUCACUGGGCAAGAACGCCAUGGGCACGGCUCAGAUGCUGCGGCGGGUGUUUGCUGAGGAGAAGGCCAGCGGGGUGCGAGAUCUGAUGGACGAGUACCUGAAGCGUUUGCAGAUCAACCUGAGGAACUCAGAGCUUCAGCUGGCCGACACCCAUCGACUAGAGGCGGAGCUAAGCACUCAGCUAACACGGUUACAGAACUCCAUGCUGGCUGACGGACACAUGAGCACUCGCUUCCUGAAGCAGUGGGUCAACGGCGCCGCCUUCCACACUCAGAUGCUGAUCCACGAGGCCCGUCUAGAGAGGUCAGCGGGGGUCAAGGCCGCUCUGGCAGCCGCUGUUUACCAUCAGCAAAUGAACUUACUGCUGGAGAAGUACAAGGCCUACCUCCAGACGGUGGCCACCGUCCACGGAGACGCCUUUUCGGCCUAUCAAUACAUGGACAGAAUAUGUUCCGUGGAAUACGGAGAAGGUCCAUAUGGAAAAAGACAAAUCCAGAUUUUCAGCGCCAAAGAGAAGUACUGUCCAAAAACCCCCCAGUUCAUAGAAACGCUGUUCAGGAGACCCGAGAUCGCCUGGGCAAAGACCUACUUCUCUGACCUGCAAGCAAACAUCCCGUAUCUGGCCCAACUACGACUCAACUUUGUCAUCGUGAAGUGAAGUUUCACCAAAUCAGCAACUAAAAACUUGAAACUAGAAAUGGAAGAAGUGAGACUCAAUUUGAAGAUUUUUAAUGUCAUAAAUAUCCAAACGUUUUCAGAAAAGCAGUGAGUGAAAGUUAAAAAAGAUGCAGCUCCUCAGUUUGGCCUGUAUAUGAUUGAUGUAUAUGAAUAAUGAUUGAUGUUAAUAAAAGAAGAAACAUUU